CACUCUCUCCCCCAGUGUUUACUGUCAGACAUGAAGCAGCCAGUCUGUUUGUGUCGAGGUAAUGGACGAACUGUUGCCUGAAGGCAGACACCACAGGAAGCCAGAGAUCUGAUAUCCUUGACCCUUUUUUAAAGACCUCCAGGAUGUAUUUAGGCAACGUGUAACACUUCGCUAAGUUUUAAGCUAUCUAGACACAGAAACAAAAUGGAUCUGAGAGCCAAGCAUGGUUUAACGCUGUUGGAACAGCUCAACCGAAUGCGGGACGCCGAGCAGUUAACAGACGUGGUUCUUGUUGCUGAAGGUGUAAGCUUCCCAUGUCACCGUGCAGUGCUUUCUGCCUUCAGCCCCUACUUUCGCGUAAUGUUCACCUGUGGCCUGCGUGAAUGUUCCAACCGUCAGGUGGUGUUAAGGGACAUGCCGGCCCCAAGCCUGGCUCUCCUGCUGGAAUACAUGUACAGCUCCAAUCUUCCGCUCACCGCAGACAAUGUGCAGGGCAUCUCUGUUGCGGCUUUUCUUCUACAGAUGGACGAUGUGUUUAGUCGCUGUCAGAUCUACAUGAUUGACAACAUGGAUACUUCAAAUUGCUUGGGAAUCUACUAUUAUGCCCGGGAUCUAGGAGCAGAGGAGUUGGCCGACCAGGCUCAGCGCUACCUGCGGCAGCAUUUCACUGAAGUGUGCUAUGCCGAGGAAGUGCUGGAGUUGGAGGCACACCAGCUCGGGGCGUUAUUGAGCUCGGACGACCUCAAUGUUUCACGAGAAGAGAGCAUUUUGGAUGUGGUGAUGCGCUGGGUGAAGUACUGUCCCGGAAAUGUAGGGUCAGAAGAAGAGAACCGGGCCAGGCACCUUCCAGAGCUACUAAAGAAAGUACGUCUUCCACUUGUGGGUGCGGAUUACUUGAAAGGGACAAUGAAACGUAACACAGCACUGCUAGCUGAUGCUGAGUGUCUUCAGAUAAUGGAGGAGGCAAUCGAAGCAGCGAGCUUGGAUUCAGAUGCUCCACCGCGACGACUGAAACUGCGCUACGGUAUGGAGACUACGGACCUGCUGCUCUGCAUUGGUAAUGAGGGCGGAGGGAUACGCUCACGUUAUGGAAGCUACACUGAGCGCAGCUUCUGUUAUGCUCCCACCACUGGUCGGACUCUUUUUAUCACCUCCCCACGAUACGGUGAAGCGCUUGGAUAUGUCUUUGCUGGGGUUGUGACUGAGAAGAAUGAAAUUGUGGUGUCAGGAGAGCUAGGAGCCAGAAAGAUGGCAAGGCAUAAAGACAAAAACGUGGAGAUUUUCAUGUACAACAAAGAAGCCCAGGGCUCCUGGAAGCACUUGAGCUCAGCAGAGUAUCGUGACUCUUAUGCACUGAGCUCUUUGGGGGAAAAUCUGUACCUAAUUGGGGGCCAGAUGAAGUUGAAGAACCAGUACCAUAUCACCAAUAGUGUUGAGCGCUGGUCUCUACAAGGUGGGCCUUGGCGUAGUGCCGCUCCUCUGCCAAUGCCGCUUGCAUAUCACAGUGUAGUUCGAAUGAAGGGCCGCCUAUAUGUGCUUGGAGGACGGACACCUCAGUCAUUCCGCACAGAUGACGAGCCUGACCGUAUGAGUAAUCGCCUGCUUGAAUAUGACCCAGAAACCAACAAGUGGAGUGAGCUCGGCCCUAUGAAAUAUUCAAAAUACCGUUGCAGCGCAGUUGCACUCAAUGGAGAAAUCUAUGUCCUAGGUGGUAUCGGAUGUGAAGGUGUGGAUCGUGGCCAGUCACGUUACUGCCUUAAUGUAGUGGAGAUCUACAACCCCGAUGGAGACUUCUGGAGAGAUGGUCCUCCUUUGCCAUGGCCUCUCCUGACACUUCGCAGCAAUGCAUCAAACUCUGGUGUUGUUGAUGGCAAACUUUAUGUCUGCGGAUACUACAAAGGGGCAGAUCGUCAUGAUACCAUCACUAAAGACAUCCUCCAGUUGGAUCCAUGGGAAAAUGUAUGGACUGUGGUGGCAAAGCAGGCUCUGAUGCACGACAGUUAUGAUGUGUGUUUGGUGGCAAAUCUGAACCCUCGUGGACUCAUGCCUCCUCCUGCUGACUUGGUAGAGGAAUAACACUAUCUCUCCAACAGAGAUUUAUCAAUAACAAAAUAACGCUUUUUAUGUCAUUCACAGGAUAAGAGGACUUAGAAAGAUAUAGAAAGUGUAAAGCUUUCUAAAAUAGAUACGAAUUUUUACUUUAAAAUCAGUUAGGUUUAUAAUGCUGUAUGUGCCUUAGUGGUUUUUUACUUUGAUAUGAUUUACAUUUGUGGAUUUAAGUUAUGUGAUAAUAUGAAAUACUCUUACAAGCUAGAUUAAGUAACCCUCAGAAAAGUUGUGCUAAAAUAUUAACUAGAAUAGUAAAAAUACAUUGCAUGGAGUCACACAAUACAUAUAUGUACUGCAAUUUAUUAAACAUGUUAAAGUUUCAAACUUAAAAUGAGAUAAAUAUGUCAUAACUUAACUGCAAACCAAGUUGAAAAUAUUUUAAAACUGUUUUGUACUUAUUAAUGUUACACGGACAUUUGUUAAGCCACAAAUUUCUGGAAUAAGAUUUGUGAAAAAAUAUGACAUAGGUUUAUAUAAUAUCAGUAUGUGCUAAAUAAACAGAAAAGCAUUGCCAAAGCACAAAAACAGAAGGUAACAUCCAUAGAUAGAAAAGUGGUUAAAGAAUACGUUUCACUUGUUCAAAGGCAGUCUGAAGUUCUAACCUACUAAAAAAUUAAGUAUUCUCCAGCUUACUCUGAGUCAUUGGUAAAGUCAAAGAGCUGCCAGAGGCCUCCUUCACUUUCUGUGACACAAGCUUUAGGUUCAGGCGCAACAUUUUCCCAUUCAGCCAUCUUGUAUUCCACCAUCAUUUGGGAGCUGUCUGUGUCCUCAGACCACAAAUUUAAGGGAUUUAAUGCAUGUUCAGCUACACACCUACUGACUGGUGCAACUGGGGCUUGCUUCUGUAGUCUUGGAUGAUCCUCUUCAACAAAUGUUUUGGCAAAUUUCCAGUUGUCAAGAGAAGACAAGGGUACUCUGUCUUUUUUUCCACACUGAAGGUCUUCACUUUGGCUGUUUCCUGAGAACUUUGUUGCUCCUUUUUUUCUCACUGCUUGUCUUUGUGGCAGAACCAAGGCUCUCCUUUUCCCCCGGUAGUUCAGUGCUUUUUGGCGCCUCUUAGGUUCUUUAAGUCGUGGCAUGGCAUUAGUGCCCAAUCUAUUCUCUCUCACAAACAUUGGUUUUUCAGGCUCUAGGGGUCUAUCUACAAACUGUCUUCUGUGGUCCUCUGUGGAUGAAGUGGACUGAGCAUCCACAAGUGGGUUUGAAGGUCUGCUCUCAACUAACUUUUUGCACCAAAAUUCCUGUGAAGCAUCAAGGGAAACCUCUUCGGUGACAUGUGUCUGCUGCAUUGAUACAGGCAGAGCAUGUGCAUUUCUGUUUUGUGUCUUUUCUGUUGUAAGAGGACAUUGGUUCUGUUCUACAGCUUUUCCUGAAUAAAUGACAGGCCUGUUAUAUAUCA